CGAUUUCCAUUUCCACCUUUUGUCAUUUGUGACAGUUACAUUUUAGUUUCCAAUUAGAUUGUGUUGGCGAGGAAGUUGGGACAUUAUUGUCGAUAAAGAACGGAAGAAAUGAAAACAAAGUAGUGAAUUGUUAUUGGAAAAAGGAAUUAUUGCUAGUAUCAACUUGAUUUCUGAACUCGUAUUGUGUGAAUAAAAUUUUCAAAAUGGGGUCCCUAUUUCGAAGUGCCGAAAUGACUUUGUGUCAGUUGUUUUUGCAAAGUGAAGCUGCUUAUGCAUGUGUUUCGGAACUAGGUGAACUUGGAUUAGUACAGUUCAGAGAUCUCAAUCCAGACGUCAAUGUUUUUCAAAGAAAAUUCGUCAACGAAGUUCGUCGCUGCGAUGAAAUGGAAAGGAAACUUCGAUAUCUUGAAAAGGAAAUCAAGAAGGAUGGAAUACCAAUGUUGGAUACCGGAGAAAAUCCUGAAGCUCCCCAACCAAGGGAGAUGAUAGAUUUAGAGGCAACUUUCGAGAAACUUGAAAAUGAGUUGAGAGAAGUCAAUCAAAAUGCCGAGGCCUUAAAAAGGAACUUCUUAGAACUAACUGAAUUGAAACAAAUUCUUCGAAAAACACAAGUAUUCUUUGAUGAACACGAGGGGGGUAUAAACCCCACUGACUCAAUGACCAGGGCCCUCAUAAGCGAAGACUCUAUCGCCCGACAAAGCACCCUUGGCCCCGUCCAACUGGGUUUUCCGGAAAAACAUUUCGACCCGGAGGACUUCCUGCCAUGCUUCGUCGCUGGAGUUAUACUAAGAGAGAGAAUUCCCGCUUUUGAACGCAUGCUUUGGAGAGCUUGUCGAGGAAAUGUAUUUCUUCGUCAAGCUGAAAUAGAGACUCCGUUGGAAGAUCCCUCUACUGGUGAUCAAGUUUACAAAUCUGUGUUCAUCAUAUUCUUCCAAGGAGACCAGUUGAAAACUCGAGUAAAAAAGAUUUGUGAGGGUUUUCGUGCUACCCUUUAUCCAUGUCCAGAAGCCCCAACAGAUAGAAGAGAAAUGGCGAUGGGGGUCAUGACAAGAAUAGAGGAUCUUAACACUGUCUUAGGUCAAACGCAAGAUCAUAGGCAUCGUGUCUUAGUAGCUGCUGCGAAAAAUAUAAAGAAUUGGUUCAUUAAAGUCAGGAAAAUCAAAGCUAUCUAUCAUACCCUGAAUCUUUUCAAUCUUGAUGUAACUCAAAAGUGCUUGAUCGCAGAAUGUUGGGUGCCAGUUUUGGACAUGGAGAAUAUUCAACUGGCCCUUAGACGAGGCACUGAACGCAGUGGGAGUUCAGUACCCCCUAUUCUGAACAAAAUGGAAACGCCUGAAGAUCCACCUACUUACAACAACACAAACAAAUUCACUAACGCCUUCCAAAUUCUGAUCGAUUCCUAUGGUGUUGCAUCGUACAGAGAAAUGAAUCCAUCUCCCUACACCAUCAUUACUUUCCCCUUCUUGUUUGCGGUUAUGUUUGGAGAUUUAGGUCAUGGUGCAAUUGUGACUGUAUUCGCUCUUUGGAUGAUAUUAAAGGAAAAACCACUUGCUGCUAAAAAAUCUGACAACGAAAUUUGGAACAUCUUUUUCGGCGGCAGGUAUCUUAUACUGCUUAUGGGUUUCUUCUCGAUGUACACAGGUUUAAUAUACAACGAUGUCUUCUCCAAAUCAAUCAACAUUUUCGGAUCACGCUGGCAAACGUAUAAUUUAAACACUACCGGCGUCAAAUUAUUACCCAAUGAAAUAAUGCUUGAUCCUGCGACACCUGAAUAUAUGGGUACUCCUUAUCCAAUCGGAAUGGAUCCCAUAUGGCAGUUGGCACAAAAUAAAAUCAUUUUCCAGAACUCUUUCAAGAUGAAAAUAUCGAUUAUCCUUGGAAUAACACACAUGUUGUUUGGAGUUUCUAUAAGUCUGUUUAAUAUGAAAUAUUUCAACCAGACUAUGAAUAUUCUCUUUGAUUUCAUACCUCAAGUGAUCUUCCUGUCCUUCCUAUUUCUCUACAUGUGUAUCAUGAUGUUCAUCAAGUGGUUUGAAUACUAUGCUUCAAACGAACCCGAAGACUUUGCGUAUGGUACCAGAUGUGCACCAUCAAUCUUGAUCACAUUCAUCAAUAUGGUACUGCAAAAGUCAACUCCGGUAGAGGAAGGCUGUAAUCCUGAACUGUAUCCCGGACAAAUGAUCCUUCAGAAGGUUCUGUUUAUCUGUGCUUUAUUAUGUGUCCCAUGGAUGUUGUUAGCUAAGCCUAUUUAUAUUAUGAGACAGCGCGCACAGAAGGAACUACAUCAUCAAAUCACUACUCCCCGUGAGAAUGGGGAUGCAGAAGCAAUGCACAAUAACACUUCAUCUCCACCUGUGCAACAUGGGGGUCACGGAGAGGAAGACAGUGGUACAGGCGAUCUUUUCAUCCGCCAAGCCAUUCAUACUAUCGAAUAUGUCUUAGGAUCUGUAUCCCACACUGCUUCUUACCUCCGUUUGUGGGCCUUGUCACUGGCUCAUGCCCAGCUAUCUGAAGUUUUGUGGACCAUGGUGCUGAGUAAGGGUCUUGCUCUAGACGAUUGGGUUGGCGGAAUAGCUCUCUACCUCAUUUUUGCAUUUUGGGGUACUCUAACAAUUGGUAUUCUUGUAUUGAUGGAAGGAUUAUCUGCUUUCUUGCAUACAUUACGUUUGCAUUGGGUGGAAUUCCAGAGCAAAUUCUAUGAAGGUGCUGGUUAUGCAUUCCAGCCUUUCGCUUUUGAAGCUAUCCUAGAUACUGGAAGUACAGGACCUAGUGAGGAUUAAAGGAAUACCCGAAUAGACUAAUUGUCACCAUAGUUCUUUAUCCGUACUUAAUUACCUCGAAAGAAAUUUAGAUUUGAUGUUGAUGUUCAAAAUAAUAUUCACCACUCAAUGUUGAUCUGCUAGAGAAUAUUCCAAGUUGAAAUAACUUCUAAUCAAUCUUAUUUAAUCAAUUGUUGAAAAAUGUAUCUUGUGCAUGCUGUUUGUGAAAUAAAGUGAGUAAUUAUUAAA